UUCAUAAUUAAUACUGGAGAAUAUGCUGAUAAUUCAAGUUCUGAUGAUAAUACAAAAUUAAAAAACGUUUUUGAAGAAAUUUCAAGAGAUGAGUCGUCUGAGUCACCACGUAUGCUGAAUAGCAGAAUUCAAGAUAUCCCUGAUUUAUUGGUAUCAAAUAAAUUAUUAUCACCAAUAGCAGAGUGUUUAGAUAAAAAUAAUGAAAGCCUUAGUUCUCAUAGUACUCCUGCAACAGAUUCUUCAAACGAGUUUUAUGAUUCAUUAAAUAGUACUAAAAUUGUAGAAAGUAGUACUUCAGAAGAAGGAAACUAUUCAAGAAUUCUUCAAAAAUCUUUUAUUUGUGAUCAGAACAGUUCUUCCGUUAAUCGGAGUCAAAACCAUAGUAGUGACGGCCUUAAAGAGGAAAUAAAUAACAAGAGUUUGAAAGAGUCUGUGAACGGAAAUGCAGUGAGUAAAAUAUUUUAUGAAGAAACGGCUAAAGAUUCACCAAACCGGUCAAGUUGUUCAGCAGAACAUGUAAAAUCAGAAGCGGACAAGCCUAAUUCAAUAUCGAAUGAUUUAUAUACAACAAUCGAAAAUAGUAAUUCUGAGCACACAAUUCAUACAGAAAUCACCAAAAAAUCUUUCAUCGAUGAUCAAUACAACUCUUCUGUUAAUCUGAGUCAAAACCAUACCAACAACGGAAUCGAAGUGGAAAUACGUAACGAGAGCUUUAUAGCGUCUCGCAACAAUAAUUCGUUAAGUAAGACGUUUGAUGGAGAAUCGGCUAAAGAUUCAUCAAACCAUUCAAGAUGCAUAGCAGAAAAUAUAGAAACAGAGGAAGACAAACCUAAUUUAUUACAUUUGUCAACAACAGAAAGUGGUGAUUCUGAACGCACUAGUAGUACAGAAAUGACGGAAAAAUCUUUCAUCGAUGAUCAAUACAACUCUUCUGUUAAUUUGAGUCAAAAACAAACCAACGAUGACAUUGAAGAGGAAAUAAGUAACGAGAGCUUUAUAGCGUCUCGCAACAAUAAUUCGUUAAGUAAGACGUUUGAUGGAGAAUCGGCUAAAGAUUCAUCAAACCAUUCAAGAUGCAUAGCAGAAAAUAUAGAAACAGAGGAAGACAAACCUAAUUUAUUACAUUUGUCAACAACAGAAAGUGGUGAUUCUGAAUGCACGAGCAGUACAGAAAUCACCAAAAAAUCUUUCAUCAAUGAUCCACACAGCUAUUCUGUUAAUUUGAGUCAAAAUCAAACCAACGAUGACAUUGAAGAGGAACUAAGUAACGAGAGCUUAAAAGCGCCUCCAUACGAAAAUCUGUUGAGUAAGACAUUUAAUGGAGAAUCGGCUAAAGAGUCACCAAACCGUUCAAGUUGCAUGGCAAAAAAUAUAGAACCAGAGAAAGACAAGCCUAGUUCAUCACCUUUAUUAACAACAGAAAGUGGUGAUUCUGAAUGCACGAACAGUACAGAAAUAACUGAAAAAUCUUAUAUUAAUAAUCCACGCAGAUCUUCUGUUAAUUUAAAUCAAAAUCAUACAAAAGAUGACAUCGAAGAGGAAACAAGUAACGAGAGCUUCAAGGAGUCUCUAAACGAAAAUUCGUUAAGUAAGACAUUCGAUAGAGAAAUGGCUAAAGAUUCACCAAAUCGUUCAAGUAGCAUGGCAGAAAAUAUAGAACAGAAAAUUGACAAGUUGAUUCAAUCAUUAACUGAACCCCAACUUACGGGUAAUAAUUCAACUGAAUCGAUUUCACUAGGAAAUGAAAAAAAAUUGCCGUCACAAGUUAAUAAUUCAGGAUCUCUAAAAGAAUUGAAAAAUGUUGAGAAAACUGAAAGAUUUUCUGAAUCUAUGAUUGAUUCUCCAGUGCACGGGAAAUCAACAACUAAAUCUAUUUUAUCUACAACCGAAGCAAUAAAUAAUAAAUCAAAUUGUUUCGACGAAAACGAAUCUGUAAUUUUAGAAAACAGUAUAAAACAAGAAGAAACGACCACACAAGUGCUCUCCGAAAUGUGUACUCCUGUCAAGAAUGUUGAGAUAAUUGAGCUAUCAGACUCUCCAAUGUCGCAAGGAAGAACAAAAAAAGGUUCUACGCUUUCAAAGAUACUCUUAAAUAAAAAUUUGAUGAAAGUUUGUUCCACAACCGAGAAAGUCAUUAUGGCGCCAGCUAUUGUAAUCGAUAAAGAUGAUGAGACAAGAAGUGAAAUUAGAUUUGACAAAAUAAAUCUUAAAAAAUCAAUUGCAGCUCAAUCUGUACAGCGCAAUCUCAAUGACACUGUUGAUUUAGUUUCAGAUGAAGAGGAUGAACAGACCGACCAUAUGACAUUUUUAUCCCGAGUUCUCGUUUCUCGCGGCUUAUCAAAAUUUGGAUCUCCUAAGGCGGCUUCAUCUCGAACUCCAUUGGAAAGUAAUCUGGCCACCCAAGCUCAUUCAAACAAUAGUUUACGAUCUAAAUACGCUAUGAUAAACUCGCCCGUGAAGACUCCAGAGCAAAGUCCAGCGCGAAUCUUUAAUCUGCGAAAUAGAAAUGUCAGUGCAACACCUUCACCACAAAAAACUCCAAAGAAAUCGAUCGAAACAUCAAGUAGAUCUGCUUCAACGCCAUUAAAUGCGAUAGAGAAUUUACCAAAAAAAGACAUUGCAAAAAAGUUGGUUGCUAGUCCUACCUUAAAAGUUGAAAAUGAAACCACACCUGAAAAAAAACCUGAUUUGAUACUGACUGUUGCGUCCCCAAAAUCAUCAAGAAUAAGCUCGAUUGAAAACAAAAUUACCAACAUACACUCGCCUGCAGGAAUUACAGAUAAAAGUCCAGCUCGAAUCUUAAAUUUGCGAAGUAGAAACGUCAAUGUAACACCUUCACCAAAAAAAACUCCUAUGAAAUCGGUGUCAACUCCAAGUAAAUCUUCUUUAAUACAAUCAAAUACAACAGAGAACGUACCAAAGAACAACGUUGCGAAAAAAUUAAUUCCAAGCCCUAGAUUAAAAAUUGAAAAUGAGAUCACGCCCGGAAAAAAAAUCGGUUUGAAAGUAUAUGUUGUCUCGCCAAAAUCACCAAGCAUAAAGUCAAUUAAGAAUAAAAUAACCAACACAGACUCGCCUAUCGAGAUUUCCGAAAACAGCCCAGCUCGAGUCUUGAAUUUGCGAAAUAGAAAUGUCAGCGUAACACCUUCACCAAAGAAAACUCCAAUGAAAUCAAUGGAAAAGCCUAGUAAAUAUGUUUUAACACCAUCAAAUACAAUAGAGAACGUACCACGGAACAAUAUUGCGAAGAAGUUGAUCGCAAGCCCUAGAUUAAAACUUGAAAAACAGACUACACCCGGUAAAAAAAAAGUUUUAAAGCUAACUAUUGCGUCUCCGAAAUCACCAAGAAUAAACUCGCUCGAAGAGUCACCAUUAAAAAAUACUGAAAGUCCUGUAAGAGUUUUAAGUCUGCGUAGCAGAAAUGUUAGCGUCUCGCCUUCACCUAACAAGAGAACGCCGAGGCGAUAAAAUGCAAAAAUUAAAAAAUGAUUCAACUGGAGUAACUUUACGAUUUAUUUGAACUUUGGUUUCUUUUAAAAAAAGAACUGGUGUCAUAAUUGUAUUAUUCGUCUAUAAAAUUAUUUUUACACGCUGCACAUAUCGCCUUGCGAUUGAUAAUUUUAAGAAAAAAAAAGUAUAUAUGAAUAAUUUAUUUUAAACUAAUUGAUUUUUAGCCGUCUGAAAUAA